CUUGAGCCCGACCGGAAGUGGUGGCCGGAGCGGAAGUGGAGCUGCCGCCACCGCCUCCGCCGCCGCCGCCGCCGCCGACUCCGGAGCCGGGGGAGCCGCCGCCUCUGCAGUGCCUGCAACCGCCCUCGCUGCUGCUAUUGCUGCUGCAGCCGCCGCCUGAGGCGCAGGCUUGGGAAGGAAGCAGUCGCCGCUCGCGGAGCUCCGCUCGGAAGCAUCUUGUCCCCCGGGAAUUACCAUGGAUAAAAGUGAGCUGGUACAGAAAGCCAAACUGGCCGAGCAGGCCGAGCGCUAUGAUGAUAUGGCUGCAGCCAUGAAGGCGGUUACGGAACAAGGGCACGAGCUGUCCAAUGAAGAGAGAAAUCUGCUCUCUGUUGCCUACAAGAACGUGGUAGGCGCCCGCCGCUCUUCCUGGCGGGUCAUUUCCAGCAUUGAACAGAAGACGGAGAGGAACGAGAAGAAGCAGCAGAUGGGCAAAGAGUACCGUGAGAAGAUCGAGGCGGAGCUGCAGGACAUCUGCAAUGAUGUUCUGGAACUGCUGGAUAAAUACCUUAUUCUCAAUGCUACACAACCAGAAAGUAAAGUGUUCUACUUGAAAAUGAAAGGAGAUUAUUUUAGAUAUCUUUCUGAGGUGGCAUCUGGAGAUAAUAAGCAAACCACCGUGUCGAACUCCCAGCAGGCUUACCAGGAGGCAUUUGAAAUCAGUAAGAAGGAAAUGCAGCCCACACACCCAAUUCGACUUGGGCUGGCGCUCAACUUCUCAGUCUUUUAUUAUGAGAUCCUAAACUCUCCUGAAAAGGCUUGCAGCCUGGCAAAAACGGCAUUUGAUGAAGCCAUUGCUGAGUUGGAUACACUGAAUGAAGAGUCUUACAAAGACAGCACCCUGAUCAUGCAGCUGCUCAGGGACAAUCUCACUCUGUGGACGUCGGAAAACCAGGGAGAUGAAGGAGAUGCUGGGGAGGGAGAAAACUAAUGUGUGUCGUGCUGUGUGAUCUGCUCAGUGUCACUCUACCCUCCACAUACAUCCCCUUGUGCGAU